GGAAACGAUCGGAUUCGAAGAUUCAAAAGAAAAAAGAUGAAGGUCCUCAUCGUUCAGUGGAUUAUCAUGAAUUGUGAUAAAGAGACUUUUAUAGGUAUGAGAUGGGAAAACAGGGCCAAAGGAAUUUUCUGGCUUUAUUGGAAACAUCAAAGUUCGAGAAGUUGUAGAGAAAUUUCUGCUGAAGCUGCAGCGUUAUAUGAAUAUUACAGGGCAUGGGCCAGGCAUAAAAAUAGAAUAGAUGGAAAGAAAAAACCUCGUGAUUUGAAAGCUGCAUUCAGGAAUGCUCUUGAAAAGAAACAAGAAUUGGAAAGGUUGACUGCAUUGGAUACAAAAGAGAGAAUCUAUUGGAGAAUUAAGAAUUUUCCAUACGAUCAAAAGGAAACUUGUGCAUCAUCGCCACCAUCAUCUAAGUUUCAGAAACCAAAAGGUCGCAGAGGCAGAAAACCAUCGAAAAAUUUGUCUCAAAAUAGCUCAGAAUUUCCCAUAAAUUUUGGUGCUUCUACAUCUACUGCAAGCGACGAUGUAACUUCUGGCAGGAAAAAAUCAAGAAAAGUACCCAUAAAGGGAACUCGGAAAGUGUCUUGUAAAUCUAAAAGAUCUUUUGCUGAUGAACAAUUUGUAUCUUCUUCAUGUGAUCCAACAGUGAAUGGAUUUUCCAUUGGGCAAGAAGAGGCAAAAAAUCAGCCCCCAUUACCACCCUUUCAAUUCAUUAGAAGAAAUGAACACGAUACUGGUUCUUGGGAAAAUUCUGUAGAGAACACAAAUUCCACCUUCUCACCGCAACCACCACAAUUCUCUCAAACAUCAUAUGACAAAUCAAAAGCCGAUGAUGUUUGGACUCCUCAAAUGUUAACACAGUUCACGCCUCCACGACUUUCCUCAGAUCUGAUGGAAGUAUCAUCUACCGAAUUCAUGGAUUUACUCGUUCCGAGCCAGAGGAUCGACUACUCGUUUCAACCAACUCCCCCGCAGGAGACCACAGACAUCCUCUUUGACAACAUUACAGAUGCAGAUCUCAUGACCUUAGGAAAGAUAAUUAACGGAGGAGAAUCUUCGAUACUCAAGUAUUCUUUUCCUUUCCAGCCGGAAGAAGUCCCCACCAGUCCUCACCUGACGAACAUGCACACGCAACGAGCCCCAGCGACAUCAUUACAUUGCUGUCCGUCGGACUUCGUAUCGAUGACGAACAUUUCGAUUAUCCAGAAUAAUGACUGUGUUCUGAACUCAUCUGUAGCACCGGUAAAUGCAUUUUGUUUUGAUCAAAACCAAGGUUCUUAUGACCAAAUUGUCCCACCUUAUUGUGAAGCAUUUCAAACUAGUUCACAGUCGAUAGAUACAUCUGAUACAUUUGUCAAUGACUGCUUACUUUACUCCCCACAAUCCAUGGACAAUCACGGGAAAAUUCCCAAAGAAAUGUGCCACCAACAAGCAGACACUGAGUGCCACUCCGUUGAAAUGUGUAGGUACAGUGAUCAGACAAGUCAUGAUGACUCAGGCAUUAGUGACAUGGAGGAUUUUUUGGACUGCGCAAAUAAAUUGUUAGACGAUAUUGAAUUUCAAUAUGAUGUACAAAGGCAUCAAAUGUGUUAGCAGUUUUAAAGUCUAUAUAUUAUUGUAAAAUAUCAGAACAUUUUGUAUAUAUAUAUAUAUAUAAGAAAUUUUCAUCUUAAAAAUAUAAUUUAAAUUUAUUUUUCAUUGCUAUGAAUUGUCAACAUAAAUUUUUCAUACACUGUGGAAUUCAAUGAGAACCAAAAAUCUUUUCAUAUUUCUAUUUGUCAUGUUAUUUUUAUAUUAAGUUAUUAAAUAAUUAUUUAAAAUUGUUUUAUGUAUUAAUUUUUUUUUCUCAUUGAAAUUAGCUUGUGUCUCUCACCAUGUUAAUUCAAUACAACAGCAAAAGUUAAAAUUUUUUUAAUUGAAUAUUUUUUCAUCGAAGUCUUCAUUGUCAUUACUACUUUAACUAUUAAGAAAUAUAUAUCUGAUUUUAUUUUCUACUUGUUAAAUUUAAUUUCCGCUGGCGGAAAUGAUUUAUCUUUAGAUCUUUUUUUAUCUUUUUAUUGUGCUUCCUGC